AUGAACAUUAACAGCUUCAGCAUGCUUACAGGUUUAGCCUUCCAAGGGUUGCUAGCUGCGGCGGCAGCUGAUGAUCUGUCGCAGCAUGUCGAUGUCUUUAUGGGAACGCAGGGGGGUGGAAAUAACUUUCCCGGAGCUGUGAGGCCCUUUGGCAUGGUUAAACUUGGCCCUGAUCUGCUGGUGUCAGGAACAGACUCUUACUCAGGGUACUUGCCAACGGGAAAUUUCUCCGGGUUCAGCAUGAUGCAUGAGCAAGGGACUGGUGGUGCACCUAAAUAUGGAACAGUCUCGCAAUUACCCUUGGUUGGGAACAUCGGUGACCCUUUAGCCAAUGUCACUGUCUCGAGAUCUGGCACUGAUGCUGCCUCUGUCGGGUACUAUAGUGCCCAGACUGGAGAUGGUGUCGAGGUUGAGCUGUCUGCUACAGCUCGGGCUGGUAUUUAUCGAUAUACAUUCCCCUCUGGAUCUCAAGGCAAUGUGCUCGUGGAUGUUUCACAUGCUUUACCUUCUUUUCGUGGCCAGGGUCUUGGUCAGAGGUAUAGAGGUGGAAAUUUGACUGUUUUUGAUGACGGUCAUUAUGAAGGAGAUGGUGUUUAUGAUAAUGGGUGGAAUGAAGCACCUGACUGGACGAUUUAUUUUUGUGGAUACUUUGACACGACAGCCACAAGUCAGAAGGUAUACACAGCUACAGGGUCAGGAGAGAGUGUCGAGCAGCAAUACUUAUAUGCUACAUCUUCUUCUAAUUACACUAGAAUUGGUGGGCUAUUCUCAUUCAGUGAGAGUGAAGUGAUUUCACGAGUGGGCAUCUCCUGGCUAUCUACGGAUCAAGCUUGCGCGAAUGUCAACAGCGAGAUUCCAGCAAACACAACUUUUGCUUCUGUCGUGGAUGACGCCGUGUCGGAAUGGAACUCAAAGGUCUUUUCCAAGAUAACCACAACAAACACCAACGAGACGAGUCUCAGUCUACUAUACACAUCACUGUACUUCAUGCAUCUGAUCCCGACAAACCAGACAGGGGAGAAUCCUGGCUGGACCUCAUCAGAGCCUUACUACCAGGACAUUUUCACUUACUGGGAUUUGUUCCGCUGCUCAACAGCUCUCAUGCAAGUGCUGCAGCCAACUGCCUACGAAGAGCAGAUCCGUUCUCUAAUUGAUAUCUGGCGCUUUGACGGGUACCUGCCUGAUGCGCGUUCCUCAAACUACAACGGUCGCUCACAGGGCGGCUCUAACGCAGACAACAUUCUCGCAGAUGCCUAUAUUAAAGGUGUACGAGGUGCAGUCAAUUGGACAGACGGGUACAAGGCCAUGGUCAAAGAUGCAGAAGUGACACCAGCCAACUCCCCCGUCGACUGGAUGGCCUCGGACUCCUCGACACACGAAGGCCGAAGUGCCUUACCUGACUGGCUAGAGUACGGGUACAUUACGCCAGCAUAUAGUCGCGCAGUCACCCGGGCUGUGGAAUAUGCCGCCAAUGAUUUCGGACUGUAUCAGGUUGCAUCUGGGCUGGGGAUAACAGAUGAUGCAGAAAAGUAUCUUAACCGCUCUCGGAAUUGGCGCAACCAUUGGAAUCCGAGCCAGGCCUCGCUUGGCUACUAUGGUUUUGUGGUACCUCGCAAUACAUCUGGCUUUAUCGACACCGAUCCAUUAAAUGACAGUGGUUACUGGGGUGACGCAUACUACGAGGCCAGCUCAUGGGCGUACUCCUUUGCUGAUGUGCAUGAUAUGAAACAUUUGAUUGAUCUGAUGGGAGGCAAUGAGACUGUAGUCAGCCGACUUGAGACCAUGUUUACUGAUGGUGCUAGUGGAUCUAGUGGGACUAUAUUUGAUCCUUCCAACGAGCCCAUGUUCAACAUCCCUUAUCUUUACAACUAUGCCAACCGGCAAGAUUUAUCAGUCUUGCGGUCACGCACAGUGGCUAAAGAGAAAUAUACGACUGGAGUGUCGGGUCUACCGGGCAACAGCGAUGCAGGGGCCAUGCAGACCUGGUUGCUAUGGAACAUGAUCGGUUUGUACCCGGUAACGGGGCAGAACACUUUCCUGAUUCACUCCCCAUGGUUUGAAUUAAUGACAAUCGAUCUCGGGGACGAUAAAGAGUUACAGAUUACGUCCACAGGCGGCGAUGGAAACGGUGACACCGACAUUUAUGUACAGAGUCUCAAGGUUAAUGGCAAGCAGUGGGAUAAAAGCUGGUUGACAUGGGAUGAUAUCUUUGCGCAGGGUGGCACGCUUGAGUUUGGUCUGGGACCCGCUGCUGCUAAUUGGACUACAGGUGAGGUGCCACCGAGUCCUGCAUCAGAAUGA